AUGUUGUCAACCCGAAUGCGCCGGCCCGCGACGCAAUCCAUUCUUGCUUUACGCCCUCUCAGGACUCCGACGACUCGGCCAUUCAAUGCACAAUGGUCUCGAUUUGCGAGCAGUGGAUCACAGAAGCCAGGUCCAUCAUCGCAUUGGAUCCGCAAUUCUCUCGGAUUUGCAGUGACUGGAACUGCAGCUUUUCUGGGCUACUCAUACCUGGCUGAUGGGGGAAAGGAGCCCUGGUCAAAUACUCCGGAGGUUACGAAGAAGGCUGCCAUUGAUGUCAACGAUCUCCGAGUCGAUUUUGUGCAGGAAAAGCGAAGCUUGAAAAGUCCUGCUGUCUACACAUGGGGCUCAAACGUGUACCGUGUAGUGGAUCCAGGAUCCAAAGACACCGAUAUCAAGACUCCUCGGCGCUUCAAAUACUUUAAUGGUCAGGUGCUAAGAGAUCUCAAGAUCGAGGAAAAGGCUGGUGCGGCAAUCACCGAGAAUGGAGACCUGGUUCAGUGGGGUCAUGCUUUCUCGGAGUCAGAAUACCAGCCCACACCGACUCUCACGGGCAAGAACCUCAUCUCAGUCGUUCUGUCCGAAAGUCGAGUCAUUGCACUAUCCUCAGAUGGCACAGUAUACUCGUUGCCCACAUCUAAGAAUGAGCAGAACACCGGACCUAAGCCAAGACAAGGCUCUUGGAUUCCAUUCUGGGGCAGUCAGGCCAAUCUGAGCUAUCGUAUCUUGAGUCCAUCCUUGAAAUUGGGUGAAAAGGUCACUACAAUCAGCGGCGGGUUGGAACAUGUGCUUCUUCUCACAAAUUCUGGUCGAGUCUUCUCUGCAGCAUCAUCCACCGAUAACUAUCCUUCCCUUGGUCAACUUGGUGUGGCGGGACUUACCUGGUCCACCAGACCCAAGGGACCAGCAGACUCCUGCCAUGAAGUCACAGCGCUCAAGGGCGCCAAGAUUGUUCAGAUUGCCACUGGAGACUACCACUCGCUUGCACUGAGCAAAGAUGGUCGUGUGUUUGGCUUUGGCGAUAACUCAUUUGGUCAAUUGGGUGUGGAUUUCGAGCCCGGGAGGCCUUUCCAGGAUGCUCCCUUCGCUUUGAAGGUGGGAAAACUCUAUAAAAGGGAUCUAUACUUGACCAAGGCUACCAGCAUUGCUGCCGGUGGCGCCAACACCUUCUUCACCGUUGAUGCUAAACGCGUUUUGGGUCCUGAGGAAGAGGCCGCUGAUGUUCGUGAUCUGGGCAAUGUCACUGCUGACACGUGGUCGUGUGGCAGAGGAAUCUGGGGCACUCUCGGCAAUGGCAAAUGGAUUCAUCUACAGGAUUCUCCCACUAAGGUGAAAUCUUUGAGUGGUAUGAACGAAUAUGACGAGAAGACCAACCAAGUGACCCCUAUCCGAAUUCGGGCCAUGUCUGUUGGCACAACACAUGUCUCUGCUAUCUUGGACAACAAGACUAGCGUCAGCAAAAACACCAAGGACUCCUUGGAUCAAUCUAAAGAUUGGGGCUAUGACGCACUCUGGUGGGGAGGCAACGAGCACUUCCAGCUGGGAACAGGAAAGCGAAGCAACCAGUCCAAACCUACCCACAUCAAUGCACCACCCGAGAAUAAGAAGACCCAGGCUGAAGCGCGAUUGCAGAUUAUGCCUCGUCAUAAGGGCAAGGUUGGGAAGCGCAAUGUGAACAUGGAACAGCGUGUUGAAUGUGGCCGCCAUGUCUCUGCCAUUUACUCUGCAGUGUAA